UGCUUUAUCUUGGCGAACAUACUUGUACUUGAAAAGAAUGUGUAGUGGACACACGUGUGGAAUUCAGAUCUCCUGUUUUGUGUUCUAAAGACAUCGGUCAAGGUGCAGGUUUCUGCGCAUGGUUCCGGGCAGCUGGGGAAUGAGACCCGAGUGUCGCUGUUCCUUCUGGAAGGGCUGGCCGACGCAGAGGAGUUGAGGCCCUUGCUCUUUGUGAUCCUUCUGCUGGUCCACAGCGUGGCUGGGCAUUGCCAGCCUUACCGUGAUGGACUCCCGACUCCACGCUCCCAUGUACGACUUCUUAGUCAACCUCUCACUGCUGGACACUGCCUAUAUCUCCAGCACGGGGCCUCAGGUGCUGGAACACCUGCUGGCAGCAGUGCGGACCGUGCCCUAUCGUGCUUGUCUUCCCCAGAUCUUCUUUCUCCACUUCCUGGCUCCCUGGGAGUGCUUCCUGCUCACAGCCAUGGCCUAUGACCGCUAUGCAGCCAUCGGCCGGCCACCGCACCACCUAGUCCUCAUGGGCCGACGGCGGACCCGGGCAGGAAUGGCUUCCACCUCCCGCCUGCUUGCCUUAGCCGAUGCGUUCGCCCACACCGUCCUUGCAGCUCCACUGAGGUUCUGCGGGCCUCGCCUCAUCACCCACUUCUCCUGUGGCCUCCCUCCACUGACCAGACUCUCUUGCUCAAGCACGUGGGCCAGCGAACUUGCCCUGUUCGUCUUCAGUUUCGUGGUGGCUCUUGCACCCCGUGCCCCGGUUGCGAUCGCCUGUGUACGUGUUGUGGCUGCGAUUCUCAGGAUUCACUCCGCUGAGGGCCGAAGAAAAGCCUUUUCCACCUGUGGUGCUCACACCACCGUGGUCUGCAUUUUCUACAUCGCUUCAGUCCUCUGCUACAUCCUCCCCAGCUCUGCGUGCUCUGGCUUGCGGGACCGGGUGCUCUCUGUGCUGUACGUGGUCCUCACCCCCAUGCUCAACCCCGUCAUCUACAGCAUGCGAAACAAGGAGGUGAAGAGGGCUUUGUUCAAGGCCCUCGGGAAAGAAAGUGCCUCCUGGGCACUGGUCACAUCAAAUCAACGAGGAGUGUCCCCGGCUCAGGAGUUUCUCACAUCCGAAUGUGCUCCCAGUGCUAGGUGCCUGUCAGUCUCCACCUGCUCCGCACCCCACCCUCGUCGCACACUGGAUGCCAUAGGGAUCCCUCCCUGUACAAUGUAUUACACGAAGGCACCAAUUUUGCUGUGGACCAGAGCCGGGCUGUGACGUUUGCAUUGGACAUGGCAAGGGGCACGGCCCUCGUACACACUCUAGAGCCCCUCAUCCCACGACACGCACUCAGCAGCCGUAGUGUAAUGAUUGAUGAGGACAUGACUGCCCGAAUCAGCACGGCCGACGUCAGGUUCUCCUUCCAAUGCCCUGGGCGCAGGUAUGCACCUGCCUGGGUGGCGCCUGAAGCUCUGCAGAAGAAGCCUGAAGAUACAAACAGACGCUGAGCAGACAUGGGGAGUUUUGCAGUGCUUCUGUGGGAACUGGCGACACGGGAGGUACCCUUUGCUGACCUCUCCAACACGGAGAUUGGAAUGAAGGUGGCACUGGAAGGCCUUCGGCCUACCGUCCCACCGGGCAUUUCCCCCCAUGUGUGUAAGCUCAUGAAGAUCUUCUCCAGGGUGGGGCUGGCACAUGCCAGUGCUUUGGGGGUGAAUCCAAUCACGCAGGAGUUUGAAAUUUCAUGCACGUGAUCCAUUUGGUGAAUCCUAUUUUGGGUGCCAGGUUUCCCCCCAUUUUCAGCAACGAUCAAAUAUUUCUGUUGCUCUCUUUUUUUUUCUUUCCUUAUUCUAAAACACUGUUUUCUAUUUAUGGAAGUAAAACAUGGUCAUUGCCUAGGUUGUGCAGUUACAGAAACUUACAAAGUGACCAAAAAAGAAAAAAAUGCCCUCUAUAACCUCACCACCGCGAGAGAACCUCACUGUACACAUUUUGAUGGUUUAUUUCAGGUUUCUUUUUGCGCUACAAAUGUAUGUGCACGGGCGCCUGGGUGGCUCAGCCGGUUGAGCGUCCGACUUCGGCUCAGGUCCUGAUCUUGCGGUUCGUGAGUUCGGGUCCCGCGUCGGGCUCUGGUGCUGACAGCUCAGAGCCUGGAGCCUUGCUUUGGAUUCUGUGUCCCCCUCUCUCUCCGCCCCACCCCUGCUGUGCUCUGUCUCUCUGUCUCUCUCUGUCUUUCAAAAAAAAUGAAUAUACUUAAAAAAAAAUUUUAAAAACCAAAUGUACGUGCAUGCACAUUUAAAGUAGGAAAGCAAAACUGGAAUCAUAGUGCACUUACAGCUCCGAACGCUUAGAUAUUUAAAUUUUUUUCCACUAUAAUGUAUGCUUAUUAUAAAAUCAUUCAUGCCUUACACAAAGGUGUGUUGUUAGAAAGUAAAAAUUUCCCAUAAACUCAGUGUCUGCAGUAACCAUUAUGACCAGUUUUACGUGUGUCCUCCCAGACUUUUUCCUAGGAUAUAGUCAUCUGCGUUUAUAACGGUUUUUCUUUUGCUUGUUUGCAUACAUAGGAUCAUACCGAUCAAGUAGACAGUUGGUUAGACAUGAGCCAGAGGCAAAGGCGGUGUUAAAUAGGUGACACAUUAGAAGCCUGAGGGCACAAUGUCCUGACUUUGCGGCUGUUAACAUCCUGGUCCUAUGGCUUCCAACACCCCCAGGUUGACAGACCAAGGGCCACAGGUGCAGAACAGGGGCUCUCCUCUUCAACCUUGGCCUCAGGGUAACCUACAGCUUCAUUACAAUAGAUUUACAUCGUUUUGUUUUCAACUCUCCCCGCCCAAGGGAAGAUGGCCAUGGACUCUUCUGGCCAGAACCUCGUGGGUGGGGCCAGAAAAACUCCCCCUCCCAACCGGUAGGAGGAGUUGCGCACAUGAUGGGAAGCACCCUCAGUGGGAGACCCCCCCCCCUAGCUGUGACCCACCCGGAACCUAUGCAAACAUACAGAGAGAAGACACCCCCAAACCCAGACACCUCUGGGCCUGUCCGCUCUGCCACCUGGAGAGUGCACUGUCCUUAAUAAACUGCUUUGUGCUUGCUACUUUCCUUCUGGCUGUCCUUAUUUGAGCGCAGAUCCUCAUGGAAACGUUCCGUGGGGGAUCCAAGAGUGGAAGCUUCCAUUCACGCUGUGUAGACGCUCCCACUGGUAAACAAUACCCUGUACCAAAUUGGCUGUUUAUAAUCCUUAUUCCAGGAAUCCCAUGGUCCCGUCAUUUGUACAAUCUUCUACUGGGCUGUUUGUGUCUUUUACGGAUUUAUUUGCUAGGAGUCACUUGUGUUUUGAAGAUACUCACUUUAGUUUGCCAUUUGGGUUACUAAUGUCUUCCUAACUUGUCUUUCCGUUUUAUUUAUGAUGUUUUCUUCCAUAACAGAGCUUAACACCUUUGUGUAAUUAGACACUGGUGUUGGUUUAUUUGUGGUUGUGGCUGUUUGCUUCUGGAUUUUGCAUCCUGCUUUGUUUACUGUUUGACUUAAGAAUAAGGUCAAGACCGGCUUUCUUUUUCUUCUGACUCGAGUAACCCAAAUAAUUUCACCAUUGUUCUUUACAUACUCUUUCAAGUUGGGUUGGACUCUGGCUUCUGGCUCUUCAUUUUACAUCUCUUUCUCCAGGCACAGCUCUGGCUUGGUCCCUUAGAACACUGCUUGUGUCCUGGCUGAGAAACCUUACGCUCCCAUGAGGACAUGGGACUUGUGCUCGACUUUGGACAUCAACUUUGCAGCCACCCAUCUGGGCCUUUCUCCCCGUAUCCUUCACUCUCCUACAUAGUAGAAUAAUGCUCCCUCAGCCGCUAACCAGGUAAUAUGCCAUAAUUACAGAAACCUGGAUCAGUAGGUCAUGGGGGAAUGUACAGUUCCUACAAGAUUGUGAACUCAAUAACCUGAAAACUCUAUCACCACUGAAACUAGGGUUGUGUAUAUUUAAACAUAUAUAGAAAUAUA